UCUGUGUACAAUUCACGUGACGUCAUGGAAAUGUGUGGUGUUUAAUUUUGUACACAGAAAAGAAAAGUUGACAAAAUAAAUAGAAAUUUGGCCCAGUUAGGGGCUUAACAGCUUUACCAUGUCUAAAAGUUCGAAGUCAUCUCUUCGGAGUGACUCUGGAAUAAUUGAAAUUAAGAGCAAGUUUGAUGCUGAGUUUCGAAGGUUUUCAGUUGAUCGCAAUAGUCAACUAAAGUUUGAGCCAUUUAGAGACAGUGUUGAGAAAUUACAUUUUCUAUCAGAGAUACCAUUUACAAUAACCUACACAGAUGCUCAUGGUGAUCUCCUGCCAAUAAACAAUGAUGAUAAUUUCAACUUAGCACUUUCUACAGCUAAACCAGUACUGAGGAUAUUAGUUCAAAAGAAAGGUGAGAAUUAUGCUGAGCUGAAUGGAUAUGGCACUGUACAAAAGAAGAAGAAAUUGUUAACAAAGAUCAAAAGCACCGACACUACAAACUUCGGAAGGAGUCGUAUUCCUAUUGGCUUGCCUGAAGAUUUCCGCCGAGUUUCUGCAAUUAUCGACGUUGAUAUUGUACCUGAAACACAUCGUAGAGUGAAGUUGAUGAAAAAUGGUUCUGAUAAACCUUUAGGCUUUUAUAUACGUGAUGGUACUAGUGUUAGAGUAACACCACAAGGUUUAGAAAAAGUCCCAGGAAUUUUUAUUUCGAGACUUGUACCAGGUGGUUUGGCUGAAAGUACUGGACUUCUUGCCGUUAAUGACGAAGUUUUAGAAGUGAAUGGAAUAGAGGUUUGUGGUAAAACUCUUGAUCAAGUGACAGACAUGAUGGUUGCAAAUAGUUCAAACUUGAUCAUUACCGUAAAACCUGUUAAUCAAAGGUUAACAUUAGCUCCACAGAGAGGUGGGGUUGGGAGGUAUUCACAGAUAUCACAAGCUUCACAUAUGUCAUCAGCUUCAGGUCAUUCUAGACAGUCUUCCAAAUCUUACGAUAGUGACCUAAUUGCUGAACAGGAUGAGGAAGAUGAAGUGCAAGAUUAUUUAAAUAAAAGUUCUAAAAGUGAACAAAGUGACAAGUCAGAUAAAAGCCGAAUUAGUGAAAAAUCCGAAAAACUGCGUAAUAUUGAAAAAGAAAAACUCAACAGGAGUGACAGAAGUAAUCACAGUGGGAGGAGUAAUGAUAGUGGGCAGGAUAAUGGGAGUGGCCGACAAAAUAAUGGGAGUGGCAGACAGAAAAAUGGGAGUGGACGUUUUGAAAAAGGUGUUGCAAAACAAAAUAAUGGUAGCGGAAGACAAAAACACGAAGGAGGGGGCACAAAUGGGGAGGGGGAGAACCCCAUUGUCACAUUAUAGUAAAAGUAAAUUUAAACCAACUAAACCUUUGUGCCCCCGCAAGGAAAGCACUGUAUAGCAAUUGUAUAGUAAUAUUUUUUUAUUGGCUUGAAUAUUAACAUGUAAAAUAUUAUCGUUUUUUAAAAUUCAUAUGAAACAGACAUAGAAUCACUUUGUUUAACUCUACUUAUUUUUUUUAUUUUAAACUAAGAUAUAUCAUAAAUAAUCUCAUACUGUGUGUUUUUAUUAACAUGAUGAAAAAAAAAUCAAUUUGAAUGGUAUAGAUUUUACGACAUAUUUCAUUUAAUAUACAUUUUGUGAACAGUGGCAUGUGAAAAUGUGAAAAGUUUAGAGGGACAGGGGGCAGCAAAAAUAUUGUAGAUACACCUUCACCUAUUACAUAAAGUCCUAUAUUUGAUACACGAAAAUGAUUUGCUGUUAUUCAAACCAUAUCAGUAGAUUAUAUUGCACAUUGACUCAGCCAGCAUUAUUUGUAAAACAAUAAUUCACUAAUAUUAUUGUUGCUUAAGACUUUUUGCUUUCCUCACCAGCAUAUGGAACAUUUUUCCAACAACAUAUGGACCAUUUCCUCACCAACAUUAGGACCAUUUCAUCACAAAUUUAUGAAACGUUUCACCACCAAUAUAUGGACCAAUCCAUUAUAAUUACAAUUUAUUAUUUGCAUAUCACUAAACUUAAGUCAUUCCUUACAAUUGCAGCUCUAUCUUAUAAAUAUCACACAAGAAUAUUUCUCAAUUAGAAUUUGGAGUUUUCCAGGAGAUUAAAUCCACUUCAUUAUUGCUUUUGUCUAAGUUAUGUAAUGAAGGCAAUUGAUAGAAAAAAUAAGAAUAGUAACCAAGUGGUUCUCAAAAUAUUUCAGUAAAAUAUACAUGGUGAUACAUAAUAAGAAUUUAAAUAGGUUUAUUUUUCUUUUACUAUAAUUUGUUUUACUGAUUUUAUUACACUUACGAUUAGGUUACUUUUUGUAACUGAUUUUGUGAUUUAUUGUCUGGCUUAGUCAUAUUUUGACUGGCUUAGUCACUGAAGAAGCAA